GUUGCUGUGCUGCAUCCUUCGAAGAACUUGCCAGUCCGACGAAUGAAUGGCACCAAUGCCCGAUUCAAAUGCGCCGAAGCGGGGCCUCCGAGACAAGGCGGAGAAAGCAAUUUCUUGACUUCGCUCGCUUGAUUUCUCGUGGCGCAUUGUGUUCGAGUGCGAGUGCCAGUGCCGGCGAGUUUCCCCGUGCUCUAGGAUCGGAGCCCUCACCCCACCUCUGUGACCCGGCGUGACCGAUUCCGCGGGCUUGAAUGGACGCGAGAAGAUCUGCACUUUUGUAGGAAUCGAUGGUUUGACUAGGUGUCUGCGAGAGACGAGACUGUGCGGUGGUGAGAUUCGGAUGCGGAGUUGUUGAUGCUGCUGGCCUCGAUCGGAAGUGGAGACUCUUUUGGACCAGUUUUGGUGGUUUGUGAGGCGUUGAGAAGGAGGAUUUGGACGAGUUUGGGCGGCGAAACGUGGAUUUUAAGUUCUUGAGUUAGGAAUUGUUGCGGCGGUUGCGCAAUUGCACUGUUAUUUUCUGUUGUGGAGUUAGCCAGUCUAUUGGAGGAAGGGAAAGGCGGUGGGCAUUUUCUCGUGGACCGGUGGGAUAACAGUAGGGGUUCAAGAUUCGGAGUUCUCUGCCCUUUUUUGACGGGAAGUAGCAGGGCGAAGUGUGUCCCAGGGUCAGAACCUGGGAGUUUUUUAUGUGAUUUUCAUCUGCUGGUAGCUUUGGUGGACAGGGAAUUUAAACGGGAAGAAGAGGUGUGGUAAGCGGGGCUUGUUUAUCAAAUUUACAUAUUCCGACGGCAGUGACGUGAAGGGUUUGCAAUGGCGAAGCCAAUUUUAGGUUGUGCGUUUCUGUUGCUGAUCGUGGUGGGAGCAGAGGCGAAGGAUCCUUACAAGGUUUUGGGCGUUGAUAAGAGUGCCAGCCAACAGGAGAUCAAGAAGGCUUUUCACAAGCUAUCACUGAAAUACCACCCAGAUAAGAAUCCCUCUAAAAGUGCACAAGCGAAGAUGGCCGAGUUAAGUAACGCCUAUGAACUUCUGUCUGAUGAGGAGAAGAGAAAGAAUUACGAUUUGACUGGUGACGAAAGUGGCAGAGCUCCACCUGAAUCGGGAUUUCCCGGAGGAGGGUACAACGGUUUUGGUGGGGGUUCUCCCGGUCAUCAUGGAAGGCAUGAUGGUGGUUAUCAAAGAACGUUCUACCGCAACUUUCAGGGUGGACCUGAUAUGGGUCAAUACUGGACUUUUCAUCAAAGUCAACAGCAAGCUCAUGCUUCUAAAAAGAAAGAGGAAGCGUCCCAAGGCUGGAGUGGAUUCAAUUUCCCUUUCGACUUUGGCUCUGGAGGAGGAGGAAUGUUUGACACGUUUUUUGGAUCAGCUGGGAAAAAAUUCCAGAAUGCCCGAGAUUCAUUUGGAGGAUUCGGUGGAGGUGACUCAGGACCCAAACAACGAAAGAGUGUUGAGAUAAGCAAAGCAGUUGAACAGCUUGAUAGCUCAGCAUUCUUGGAGAAAGUAUCAGGGCCAGAGCCGGACAUUUGGUUGGUGUUCUUUUACCGUCCUGUCAGCUCAACGGAAGUGGAUGAGAAAACUUCAAUCGUGAACAGUAUGGCUGAGGAUCUGUCAGGGAUAAUUCAGGUUGGGUCUGUCAAUUGCCAAGUGCAGUCAAAAUUGUGCCGAGACAAUGCACCGUCGGUCCUUCAUUCUAAUUCGCCCGUCCUUGAAAUAUAUACAGUACCUGAUAAAUCAACUCCAUAUCAGUUCACAGGAUCGUGGACAGAAAAGGGGGUUAAGGACUUCGUUGUAAGAAAUAUACCAAAUUUAUCCACUCGUCUGGACAAUCAGAAAGUGAUCCAACUCUGGACCAAGUUGCUAGAUCUUCCUCAGGCGGUUCUCUUUACGAAGAAGAAAGAAACUCCGGCAAUUUGGCGAGCUUUGAGUGGAGUUUUCGAUAAACGCAUCAAGUUCUACGACAUGCAAGUUGAGUCCAAGAUGGACACCAAGAUCGGACAGCAAUUUGGUGUGAAGACAUAUCCGGCAGUUGUAGGAAUGCUUGGAAACGGUGAAGAUUAUGUUGUGGCCAGUGAGAAAAUCUUUGCCCAAACCGGAAAGAACAUGGUGAAAGAGCUCAAGAAAUUCUUAGAGGAUCUUGAGAAAAGAAGCAAAGCAGCAGGUGUUGGAACGACAGGGCCAGGGUCUGAGGAGGGAGUACAAUUCCUGACGAAAGCAAACGCAGCCGUCUUGUGUGGAUCAAACACCCCUCUGUGCAUAAUUGCUGUUGCUGAGUCGAAGGAAGCGCAGGAGAAAUCUAAGCAGAUAUUAGCGGAGCUGUCCCAGAAAACUCUGGUUCGUAGAGGCUCAAGCUACGAAUCGAAGAAUCCAUCAGUGUCCUACAGCAUGGUUCAUGCUUCGAAACAGUCGAAGUUUCUGAAAUUCUUUAAGGGUGUGACAGUCCGCGGUUCGGACAUCGUUUUGAUAGCCUACAAGCCUCGUAAAGGCAAAUAUACAGUACACAAAGGACCAAUCACAAUGGAGGAAGUCGAAUCGUUUGUUGGUGGAGUGUUAGGUGGAGACACAACGUUGCAAACUCUAAGUGGAGAGCCUGUGCUGUCAUAGAACUCAACAUUUAGAGCUGCUGUAUUAUAUGUACAAUAAGCGAAAUCCCUUUCACUUCUCAGUCAAGAGAAUGAUUCACAUAUUUGGGGAAGUAGGAUAUUGCUAGACACAGGUAGAAACGUUACACUCUCUUCAAUCCACGAGGUGCAACGGAGAAUUUUGCUCGUCAGAUAAUUUUUGGGGUUUGCCUGAUACCCCGUUAGCGUCGUAGAGGGUUCGAUAGGCUUAUAUGGUUCAUGUUCAUAUGUAUAACGAGCAUUCAUGCACCACGACGUUUAUUGCGAGGCUUGAACCGCUGUCUUGCAGAUGACAUUUUUUUCGGUAUAUGUUACUAUUCAAGGCUGGACAGCCAAAGUGCUGUAACUGCAGUUCCAAAACUUUCGGUGGCUAGUGAAAGUCUGGAUCUGGUCAAAGUAUGUUACCGUAAUUCUUGAAAGCCAAAUUUGUUGCGCAUCUGAUUUGUGAGUAGUCUCUAAGUAUUAGAUGUAUUGCAAUUAGAUGUAUCGUCCGAGCCACGACCCUGACAAUGUUUCAGGAUUGAACUAUAUACCCUUACGAGGACUUAAGAAUACCUUGCUUCAGCCUAAAGCCAUUCGAGUGCCGAAUUUCCUGUAGUACACUUAGCAGACACUUUUCGAACCUCUUACGAUUAUUAACAAUG